UGUUUGCUCAAAAAAUUAAUGUUUGGUGUUACCAUGUCAAAGUAGUUGUGUUCAAUUUAUAGAUCAACUGGUCCUUAAAUGCAUUUGUUUGUGGGGUAUUUUCAUAGAAGUCGCUCCGGUUACAUCAUUACAUUUUAUCGUAUUUUGAGAAAAAAACCCACAAAAAACAAACAAACAUCUGAUUUCUCUGAUUAGGAUCCUUCUGAAUACUCACAUUAAAUUGUGCAGUUUGUAUGUCCUUACGUAAUUUUAAGUCAGAUUUGGGUUAGUAUCUGUUCAUCAUGCAGUUAAUUUCACGAAUCUAUUAAAAUGCAUGAGUAUAUUAUUUACUAUUUAUAAAUAGUUUAUAAUAUAAUCAUGCAUGCAGUUAGGACCAUUGUCAGUAGUAUAGUGAACACCAUUGCGCAUGUGUAGGACAUACGCGCAAAAGAAAAAAAAAAGCUUUACACCAAUAUGGCGUCUUCCAUGGGUGGAAUGUUUCCUGGGCAGCAGGCUCCUGGUCAGAUUCCCGUUGGUGGUCCGGGUGGACCGAGUCAGCCGGGUUUUCCUGGUCCCGGAGUUCCAGGUCCGAGGGGGCCUGGGAGCAACACUUUGGUCGACGAACUGGAGGCUUCAUUCGAGGCCUGCUUUGCAUCCCUUGUAAGUCAAGAUUAUGUGAAUGGGACUGACCAAGAGGAAAUUCGAACUGGUGUGGAUCAGUGCAUCCAGAAGUUUCUGGAUGUGGCUCGACAGACAGAGUGCUUCUUUUUGCAGAAACGACUUCAACUGUCAGUGCAGAAACCUGAGCAGGUGGUGAAGGAGGAUGUGUCUGAGUUACGGAAUGAGCUGCAGCGGAAAGAAUUGCUGGUUCAGAAACAUUUGGCCAAACUGCACCACUGGCAGCAAGUGCUUGAGGAUGUGAGCGGACAACAGCGUAAGCCCACAGAUCUGCCUCCACCAGGACCACUGGCUUUUCUGGAGCAAGCUUCUGCCAGUCUGCCCCCUGCCCCCUUAAAACCAAACUAACUUUUUCUAAUACAUGAGCACUACAGCCACCAUCCAAUAAGAGGAAUGCACUUGCAUAUAUUUGUGGAAGUGACAAGACAAUCUUUCUGGUAAAGUUCACUAUGGAUGUGGCCCCUGCGUGUUUGUUCCAGACUGAUGAACCCUAGGAAAACUAGACUUUUAGAAAGAAAAGAUGGAUAAAUAAUGUAACUGGAACUUCACUAGGACUAAGUACACUGUGCACUGAGCAGAACAAUCCUCUUUUUACAUACAUGAACACACAGCUGUACAGCUAUCAUUUCAGAUAGUAUUGUCUUAUUUAAACUGUUUUUUUUUUUUUUGAGUUAUGUAAAUGUUUUUUUAAUACUGGGAUAUUAAAUCAAACUACUUUCAAUAGAUUGCAAUGCAUGUAAUUCGUUCAGUAUUCAUUAAAGGCCUUGUGACAAACCCAA